AUGGAUUGUAAUAAAAAAGAAAAAAAAGAUUUAGAGAACAAUAACACCAAUAAUAAUAUUAAUAAUAAUAAUAAUAAUAAUAAUGAUAGUUUAAAAUCAUAUAAAAGUACUGAUAGUUCAGAAUUUGAUUGUAAUAAUACACCAUCAAAUACACCGAGUUUGGUUUUUACAUCAAAUAAAGAUACUAAUAGCGGUGAAACUGUAUUCUGGAAGGUAUUUAGAAAUAAAUUUUUAUUCAAAUUAAUAUUUUCAAAUUUCAAAUUCAAAGAGUUUUUCAGCUAUGAUGAUUUAAUUGAUCCAUAUUAUAUUUUUGACAAAUUUAGUAAUGGAGAUGCUAUUAUUAGAGAUAAAGUAAAAAGUGGAAAUUAUGUAUUUAGAGAUUUUAAUGAUGUAGAAUUGGUCAUUAGGAGAUUCACCAAAGAUACCAAAGAGAACAGAGAAUUCUAUAGACAACUAUUUUCAACAAAUAAAUACCACAACAAAAAUGAUAACAACAAUUUCAGCAACUAUUCAUUCUGGGUACAAGUAUUUACAAAUGAAACUAAUAAAACCGCAUUUCUCGAAUACAAUAAACUUUUUCAAAUAGAUAAAAGAAAUAUUUCAGUAAAUUUAAUUAAUGAGAAACGUUUAAAAAAGAAGAACUUAAAACUUUUAAAGAUGAAACCUUUUUUAGAAUCAAAUGGAGUUACAGUUACUAGAUCGUUAUCAAUAUAUGAUGCUAUUAAAGAGUUUCAAUACCCAUAUAAAUGCAAAGAGCUCAUAAAAAUUUACAAAGAAUAUGAAUACGUAUACAAUGAUUAUCUAUACACAAUUAUAAAUAGUGACUGUUGCAUUGAAUAUAAAAAAGACCUAAUUGAAGCAGUAUCACACAUGGAUGAUAUAGAUAAAAUUUAUAUUGAAGAGGCCGUUUUUUCAAGCAAUAAUUUAGAACUAAUCGAUCUUAUGUUCAAGCAUUUCGAAGACCCAUGUUAUGAUCAAGAAUAUCAAGCUAUGAUUACAAAAACCGAGGUAUUAGACUACUUUUUCAAUAAUCAUCAAGAAUUAAUGUUUAGUGACAAUAAUCCACUUUGGGUGUACGCCGACAAAAAAGUUAUGGGCCAUUUUGAAGAAUUAAUGAAGAGUAUUUCAAGAAAGUUUUUUAUUGAAUUGAACCCAGAAGACAUAGAAGAUACUCCAAUUAAUGAUAUUUUCGAAAGAUUAGAAAGAGCACUCAACAAUCCAACACUUUAUACAUUUGAAAGCAACGAAGAUUAUCCCACAAACUCUAUUAAUAGAUAUAAAUCGUAUUUUUUUGAAAAUUUUGAUUAUCCUACACAGGAUUCCGCAAUAUCAAUGUUAGAAAAGCAUAUAGAAAAAUAUGGCAUUUCAGAAUACUUUGAUAUUGAAAUAAUUUUAAACAAAACAGAACUCUAUAACUACUGUAAAUUCAUAUACUGGAUCUUUCAAGACCUUUCAGAUCAAUACAUUCAAUCAAACAUAUCAAAUGAGGAGUUAACAAUUAAAUCAGGUAUAAAUACAACAAAUAAUCAAAAGUAUGAAAUUAAAAUCAAACGCUUUACUAGUUGGGAAGUUCUUUUAUUCUAUUGUGGUCGUACAAAUAUUUUAUAUCAAAACUUAAAUUCAAAUUCACAGUUAAUGGAACAUUUAUUCACAUACCUAAAUAUGAAUAAAAAAUUUAGAGUCAGUUUAUUUUUAAAUUUAUUUGACCAUUUAUCAAAAACAGAUUUAAAAACUGUAUUUGUUAGGGAAAUAUUAUUAAAAGCAGCAGAUAAUGGUUUAUUUCCAAUUUUCAAAAACCUUUUAGCCAAACACGAGUAUUUAUAUUAUGAACAAAGCGAUGGCCUUUCAAUAAUAAACAUUGAUCAUUUUCGUACUCUCCAAUUAAAAUGUAUUGUCGGUGAACUCGGCUUUUUAUCUAAAUAUUACAGAUGUGGCUGA